CCUAGUCAGAAGGAUCUGUGACAGUGCAGGGUACAGCUCGAGGUUGAGGGGCAGAGAGAGGAAAGAAUUUCUCCCGAUCCCGCCAUACUUCUACCACUAUUCCACCAUAACCACCAUCAGAUUCAUUCAAAUUGAUACCAUUUCUACACUGCGAGAAAUUCGCCUGGGUUGGCUACAGUCAAGGUUUCUCCACUUCUCUACUGGACAUUAUCAGACUACAGCAUUAGUCCACCAUUAGCCGAACUUUUCUCCUUUUUUGCUUUUGGAUAUUGUUUUGAAUUCUAAAAUUGCGUUUGUACUUACAGCUCAUUACCGUCUACAAGUGCUUUUUAUAGCGCCUUAUAGCCUAUCAUUUCUUGUGAUAUCAUUUAGAGCGUUUCGAUCAAGUUUUUUUGUUUGUUUGUUUUGAUUUCUUAAUUUCACUGGAGAGCCUCAUAUUUUCAUCAUGAACAAGCUUUAUAUUGGAAAUCUGAAUGAAAACGUGACUGCAGAGGACUUGGUCAAAACCUUUGAUGACUACAAGAUUCCAUACUCUGGACAGUUUCUCAUGAAAACUGGCUAUGCGUUUGUUGAUUGUCCGGACGACCAAUGGGCUAUGAAAGCCAUUGAAACAUUUUCUGGUAAAGUGGAACUCCACGGCAAACGCAUUGAGGUCGAGCAUUCUGUCCCCAAGAAGCAAAGGACCAGGAAACUCCAAAUCCGCAACAUUCCACCACACUUACAGUGGGAGGUGCUGGAUGGUCUGCUGGCUCAGUACGGAACCGUGGAGAACUGUGAACAAGUGAACACAGAAAGUGAGACUGCUGUGGUGAACGUCACAUAUGCAACUCGGGAACAGGCCAGACAAGCCAUUCAGAAGCUGAACGGAUACCAGUUUGAGAACAAUGCCCUUCGCGUCUCCUACAUCCCAGACGAGACCUCCGAAGCUGAUGGACAGCGUGGCCCUGACAACGGCCGUCAUUCCGGGUACGGCUCCAGGGGUGGUCCCCGCCAGGGCUCCCCGGGGUCGGGCAUCCCCAUUAAGCACCAGCACACGGACAUCCCCCUGCGCCUGCUGGUGCCCACCCAGUACGUGGGCGCCAUCAUCGGGAAAGAGGGCGCCACCAUCCGCAACAUCACCAAGCAGACGCAGAGCAAGAUUGAUGUCCACCGUAAGGAGAACGCUGGCGCAGCCGAGAAGCCGAUCAGCAUCCACUCCACCCCAGAGGGCUGCUCGUCCGCCUGCCGCAUGAUUCUGGACAUCAUGCAGAAGGAGGCGCAGGACACCAAGACUGCCGAUGAGGUGCCUUUAAAGAUUCUGGCCCAUAAUAACUUUGUGGGUCGUCUGAUCGGUAAGGAGGGUCGCAAUCUGAAGAAGGUGGAGCAGGACACGGACACCAAGAUCACCAUCUCCCCGCUGCAGGACCUGACUCUGUACAACCCUGAGAGGACCAUCACAGUGAAGGGCGCCAUUGAGGCCUGCUGUUUGGCUGAGCAGGAGAUUAUGAAGAAAGUGCGCGAAGCCUACGACAAUGACAUCGCCGCAAUGAACCAACAGACUCAUCUGAUUCCAGGGCUGAACCUUGGCGCUCUCGGGCUCUUUCCUCCCUCCUCGGCCAUGGCCCCUCCUCCUCCAGGAAACCCAGCUGCUGGCGCCCCCUAUGGAUCGUUCGGGGCUCCAGAGCAGGAGACUGUCCAUGUGUACAUCCCAGCCCAGGCAGUGGGUGCUAUUAUCGGGAAGAAGGGCCAGCACAUCAAGCAGCUCAGUCGUUUUGCUGGAGCCUCCAUCAAGAUUGCACCAGCGGAAACACCCGACUCCAAGAUGCGUAUGGUCAUCGUGACUGGACCACCUGAGGCUCAAUUCAAGGCCCAGGGCAGGAUCUACGGCAAACUGAAGGAGGAGAACUUCUUCGGCCCCAAGGAAGAAGUCAAACUAGAGACGCACAUCAAGGUCGCGGCCGCAGCUGCAGGCAGGGUCAUCGGGAAGGGUGGAAAGACGGUAAAUGAGCUCCAGAACCUGACUGCUGCUGAGGUGGUGGUCCCCCGAGAACAGACCCCCGACGAACAGGACCAGGUCAUCGUCAAGAUUAUUGGCCACUUCUACGCAAGCCAGCUGGCACAGAGAAAGAUCAGGGACAUUUUGACGCAGGUCAAACAGCAGCAGAAGCCGCAUCAACAGAUGCCCGAGCAGGGUCUGGCACAGCAGGACACAAACCGGAGGAAGUGAGCGCCUGGCCACUUCCCUUCGCCUUGCCCACUAGUCCCCCCGCCCACCACCUACCCCCCGGGGAGGGCGGCAGUGCGGAGGGGCAGAGGUUUGGACUGAUGGACAGAUACUGACAGAUGAACGGACAGACAUACGGACGAGACUUUAGACCAGAAGUUCGAAGAGCGUGCAAACGGACGGACUGAUGGACGGACCGAGAUAGCGACACACAGACCCAGCGGCAGACAGGGAGAGGAGCAUCAAACGAAUAGAGGGACGAAGCCUGAGAGAGAAGACAAAGUUUAGAGGACAGAUACAUAAUACAAAGUGAGAGAAAGGAAAAAAAAUAAAUAGCUAGAGAAAAAAACAGAGACCAGAUGCCAGACCAGAAUUAAUGACCGGUGAUGGCAGGGCCUUGUGGUAAAAGGGAGUAAGGUCGCCCUCUGGUGGAUGCUCAUAGAAUUGCAGCUCACCAAGCCCGGGAGCUAAAGCAUAGUAAAGCUGCCCAGUUAUACAGCAGACCUGACAUUAGAUUUGCCUUAAGUUGUAAUACUAAAAACAAGGAGUGGGGCUUAGGAUGCUGCACCAGGGUCUGCUGUUAGAGGCAACAUCCGCCUGCACUUGGGCUCAGCCAAGAGGUCUUUCUACUAACCAACCUCCCCUUUUUGGAGUCCUCGCCAUCUCUGGUCAUUUUGAUAUUUUAAGGGUGUUUUUUUAAAAGAAAAAUAGAGCUAUAUGUAUAGAAAUGUUUAUUCAGAGGUAUUAUAAAAGAAAAUGCAGUGCGGCCAAGUCUGGAGAAAAGGGGGCAGUGGCGGAAGUCAUUGCAUAUGGCGGGUGCGUUGCCACCAGUCAGGUGACCCUGUACCCGACCAAUCAAACGAGUGCCGAGGGGUUGCAGUUGUUGACACUGCUCUUUAAAUCCCCCACAUAGGAGAGGUUGUGGGGGUUGAAGAUUUUGGAAAAAAGCAAAGAGAAGAAAAUAAAGAGGUUGUAAAUAUAAUCUUCAUAAAUGUUUAUUAAAAUACUGUGAGUGACCGACAGCAACGAGCUGGGCACCAGGACCCAGAUGAGGUACAGUUGGAGUUCGGGGAGUGCCCCAGAGUUGCCGGACGGUCAUUGCGGUGAGAGAACAGUUAGUGCGCGGGUCGAAGCUGACUCUGCAGUUCUAUUGCAGAGCACCAGCUCAAAGAUGCAGCCUAUAAUGCCACGUGUGAAAAAUAUACAAAAAUGGAAAAAAAAAUAACGUUUGGCUGAAAAGCAGCCAGCGAUGCUGGUUGGCAGAUGACCCGCGCCCAAAUGGCAUAUUUUAUAUAUAUUAUAUAUAUAUGAUAUGUGAGUUAACCCAGCCCCUCAGAGAAUUAUAGAUAGGGAGAGGGAGGGCAGAGGAGAAAUGUUGGGUGUAAUUCAGUACAAGGACAUGGCCAUCUUAUAGCUGCUUGUGAUGUAAGUGUGGCUUCCCCUUGGUUAAUUUUUUGUUCAUUUUUAAACUCAGUCUUUACCCUCAAAGACCUCCAUGUGCAAUUUUGUUAAAAGUAAGGUAUUAAAUGUCAUCAUAAGUAAAAUCUGAAUAGUUCUGAGUCACAUGCAGAGGUCUUUGUGGGACAGGAGAAACCUUAUAAGUGGCUCUAGGAUGACCAUGGUGUGUCUGAACCCGACAUGUUCUCCCCGAGCCCUCACUCCAACCUUUAAGGUCAAAGGUCACAAGCAGGCAAGGUCGUUGGCUACGCCACUGCCACUCUUUUCUCCCACUUGGCUCAGAGUCUGCCGGAGAGGGCACCAGAGGUCUGGGCACGCUCUCCCUUAAUAGAGAACAGAUUAGAGAAAAGAUGAAAUUAAGAAAAAGAAAAACCUACCUCAGGGUAUUGUUACCUCAGUAUUCCUAAUUUUCUUUUCCUUUUUUUUUAGCUUGCUGGUGUUUUAUAUAAAAGCUGAUGGUCCUGAAUAUUUUAUUUUUUUAAAGAAGAAGUAAUUUGUUUAGGUUUUUUGUCUUGUUACUUUGGUAUUUUUUCGUUUUUUUUUUUCUUAUAUGUGUGCAUGUGUCUUUGUGUGAGCUGUUUUUUUUUUUUCUUCUUUGAUAUGGAUUUCAGAUUGAACCAGAGGUGACCCUGAAAGUUUGUAGUGGGUGGUUCUCGAGUGCUUUGUUUUUUCCAUUGUGGUGGCAGUUGUUAGGGUAAACCUCUGGGACUUGCCUGAAGCAAGCUUUGAGCUAAUCUUGAAAUCACACUUUUGGCCAAUGAGAAGUGGCUUUUCCAUGAAAUGGAGAACACUUGGUCACAACUGACAAUGUCACCUCCAGUGUGGGUCUUGCCAGUGUUUUGACCCAGUCAAAAUAUGUGUAUUUAUGACUUUUUGUGUUCUUUUUAAAACUCUGGUCAUUCAAGUGUUUCCUUACCUGCACUACAGGGGAACGGUCGCUUGAUGGCAGAAUGCUGACACUGUGGAAUGCUGAAAAACGUAACAGGUGGCGUUGUAUGAUGCCUGUUUCCACAGCAACCCUCCAUGAGGUGACGUUUUCUGUUGUACACAGAGGGCUGAGGUGGACUGUAUCAAACCCGUGCUGUCCUCUGCACUGUGCAGUGCAACUCAGUGACGUGGUGAGCGCCUUAAAAAAAAAAAACCAACGUGCACAAAUAAUAAACACAUAACAACGAAAACAUUUACACAGAGAGAGAGAGAGAGACACACACACAAACACACACUAAGAAUGUGAAUAAUUAUUACCUUACAGCGCUGGUGUAACUGCAGUCCCCCUCAUUGCCUUGAGUGUAUCUGAGUGUGUGUGCGAGAGUGACUGACAAUAUGUGUCUAAGUUGGGUUUAAGAGCAUACUUUUGUUGGGGGUAGCGGUGGGGUGAAUACUUCAAAGGAGAUUCUAUGGCCUCUGUCUGUUUUUUUGUUGUUGUUUGUUUGGGGGGUUUUUUGCUUGUUUUGUUUUUCCUUUGGACCGGGGAUGCUCAAAAAAUCUCUGAGAAAUGGGAGCAAACAAAAAGAACAAAAAGGUAAAUGAUCACUAGAGAUCUAACCUGUAAAUAAGAUCUAAAAGAAAGCAAUUGUGAAGAUUUUUUGUAUUUUUAAAUAACUUUGAAAAAAAUCAGUGAACUAAACUGAUGACAAACGUAAUGAUUCUGAGUGCAAAGCUAAGUAAAUGUCUCACAUUGAUAGACCACUGCCACAUCAUAUUCUUUGAAUCACAACGAGUGUACCACACAACUGAUAUCAUGUUGGACCAGUGGCUUAGUUAAGGAAUUAGGAAUUUACUUAUCGAUUUAAAAGUCUUUUCUUUUUUGACUUCCAUUUCGCUUUCUGCUAGCGGCAGCAACAUCUGCUGCUUCUGUAGUAGCAGGCCUGGUUAGUACCUCUUGACUUGGCUGUCUCCUUGGAGACGACCCCUCCCUGCUCCCGCCUCAGGUGGGAAAAUAAGUAGUGAAAUACUCAGUCUCUUAAAAGUCCACAGAGCUGUAACCAUAGAUACCGAGAUGUACACUUUUAGGUUUAUUCAGACUGCAGCCUUUAUGACUUUUUUUUUUUUUUUUUUUUGUUUAGUCUUUUUACUUUGUUUAACAGCAAGCUUUAUUUGGACAUGACAUCUGGUUAAAUACUGUUUCAUUUAUAAUGGAAGACUUUGACUAAAUUUAUGAAAUAUGACCGAAAUCUCCAGGAACCUUUGAAACUUGAUGCAAAGUUGGAAAAGAAAGAGAGGGUGUUUUUUGUUUCUUUUUUUUGGUUUGUUUUGUUUUUGUUUCAUUAAGAAGGGAGGCAUACAAAAGAGGAAAGGAAGAUGGACCAAUCUCUCUGUUUUUAUGGAGAUGGGUGGAGUAGAAAUGUAUUGUCUUUAUGUCAAAAAGUUUGAGGAGAAUAAUUAUUUGUUAGGAAUUAUCUACAUACAGCUUAUUUUUGUUGCCUAAAACAAACAGUUGACUAAACUGUAGCAGGUUGACUAGUGAUCUAACACAGGGGAGGACUACACUGCCUCCUCUCUUGCUUGCGCUUUUUUGUCCUCUGUUUUCCUUUCCCUCCCAUUUGUAUGCCCCCUUUCUCCAUCCCCAUAAAUGUUUUUAAGUUCAUUUGGAAUUAUUCCUGUACUCCAGUCGUUCAUAAGGACCUUUCUUGACACUUUCUGGAGUACACCCUCUCUUACGCUGGCCUCGUUUGUGUCCGUUUUCUCACUUCUGUUCAGUCACUUCUGUUUUUUUAUUAUUAUUAUUUGUUUCUGUGACCUUUAGUUUGGAAUAUAGAUUUGUUUUCCAAUCAUAUUUUAAUGCACAGAUCUCUUCAGCAGCUAAAUCAGUUGAAAUACUAACAAGAAACUUAUGACGUUUAGUGAAACCUGUGCCAAACGGAGCUCUUUGGGGUAGUCAGAGAGAUACCAUGACUAUUACGCUCUUAAUAGUCUAUGGAUGCUUGAAGAGCAUUCAUACAGACCUGGUUUAAUCACAAAGUGGCCCAUGUUUUCGCCACAGUGCUACGAUCCGUUUAAUUGCUCUGUUGACAAACUAAAUCAACAACACACCUUUCAUUUGUCCUUUCUUAUGCAAUUUUGUGAUGGAAGCCAAAUUAACUUUUGGCAUACGUCACAACGACUGUUCAUAGCCCUCUAAGUCUUCUCAUUCAUUGGUAGAGGGGCGUGAGUAUUAGAUUGCUCCACUUACUACAGCAUAUAGUUUCGCACAUAGACAACUGUCAACCUCAACCACGUCAGGUGGAUUUGUUUUUUAGAGUGAAACACAUCACGAUUCUCACCUCCCACUAGACUCUGGCCGAAAUUCAAAGAAGACAUUGGGUUCUACCAAGACGUAAAAAACCUCACAUAACUAGGAACGCUACCUCAAGACUUAGCCAUAAGAUUGUUUAUAUCAACCAGACAAGAGCGACAGUGCAUGUUACAUUUUGAUUUUUUUUUCUUUAAUUUAUUUCAUUUACUCAUUUGUUUCUCUUACACUUUUGGGUUAAGUUUACCUCUCCGGCUUACAGUUGGGAACUUAAAUGUAACAAAAUGAAGGUGGAGAUUGAGGGAAGGGCUCCAGUGGUGACGGGAGGUGCUGGUUGGUUGAUUUGUUAAUUGGGGGCAGAGAUUAGUUGACUGUUGGGAGUGGGCUCUUUGCAACUCAAGACUAGCACAGUAGACAUGGAGGGCGGCUUCAGAGGUGACACUGAGGAUGGGAACAGCAUGCGCUCAUAGAAGCCUUCGGUGGUUUCAGGUGGAGGGUCCCAAGACGAACAUGGAGAAUGAGAAUUAUUAUGGGGUGGUGGGGAUGGAGCACUGACCGUAAUAGGUGAAAUGACUUGCCUUGCCUUGCUUUGCACUGCAUUAGGACAGUCUCUGUUUGCACCCCUCCACCCCUGCACUCGCGUUCUUACUGAAGAUUUUAUUACUGUAUAGAAGCCUGUAGCGCUCUUGUGCGGAACGAGCUAUAGGUGGGCCUCAAGUAAACUUUGUAUACCUCAGUUGAUGAAACACUCUUGUGCCUGUUCACGAUCCUCAAUGAUCCUUAUAUGGCCCCGCCCUUCUAAGACCCUCUGUACCUCCCCAACCUGACCCUUGAUCCUUCUUUCUCCACAAACUUCUUUUUACCGAUAUUUACACUCUGAAUACCCCCUAACCUUCUCCCCAAGCCCCCCACCCCACCCCC